AUCGACAAAUUCAGCUCGCCAAGAUCUCGGCAUCAAAUGACAGAUCCCGGAGCCACGACGGCCCAUCAGCCAGCUGCGCCAGUUCCGUCACCAACCGAGAACACUGCCAAUCCCGCGCCUGGUGUGAUUGAUGGUGAAGCGCGGAAAGAUCAUAGCCGCACAAAACCCGACGAAGAUCUCGCCGAGACCCAGCCCCCCCACGGCCACAAAAGAGAGGACGGCAUCGUCAGCGUGCAUUGUUUGGUCCUGUGGCUGGGGUGCAUCGGGCUGGUGGUGCUAUCGAGCGGUGUGUUUUAUCGGUGCCGCCACUACACCGACUGGUUCGUCGAUGAGCUCUUCGCCGUCGUCAGGAACGCCGAUGCCCGAGGCGAAACGCCGCUCAAAGUGAGCCUGCCUGCCGGUUACACACACACACACACACACACACAGAGAAAGAGAGAGAGAGAGCACCAACCGCUGUCCAUGUCUGUGUGUGUGUGUGUGUGUGGACAGGAAGUGCUGUCGAACGAUUUCUGGGGCAACCGUCUUCACUUUGAGGAGGGGCAAGGGUGGACCCACAAGUCCUACCGACCGCUGACCAUCCUCUCCUACGCGGCGCAGAUCAAAUGGGGCUGGGGCUGGGGCGGCAAUACUGGCGUGCCGGACGCCAGGCCCCUGCGGCUGUUCAACUGCGUGCUGCACACGAGCAACUCGCUGCUGGUGCUGGCGUUGCAGGUGGUGGUGUGUGGCGUGCCCCCUCUGCUGGCGGCGGCGAGUUCGGGGCUCUUUGCAGCACAUCCAGUGCACACAGGCGGGAAUGAGGGAGGGAGGGAGAGGCCCCACGUGUGAGGUGGUGAGGUGCUCCGUCUGUCUGUCUGUCUGUCCUUAGAGAAUAUCGUCUACCUGGUGGGUCGUGCAGACGCCCUGGCGACCUUCUUCUACCUGGCAGGCGCACUCGCCUACUUCGGCAUGCAGAAAGGAGGUGCCAAACGGCACACUACUCGCAGCACCGAAGCCACCAGCCUUAUCGUGGCAGUCGCGUGUUCCAUCCUGGCGGGUCUGAGCAAGGAGACGGGCUUCACGCUGCCCGUCUUCCUUGCCGCAUGUGAGAUGAUCCUCUUCCCGCCAUCUCUGUGGCGGUGCAGCGGACUGCUAGCGUCGUUUCUCUGCCUGUUCAAGCUCAGGUCCGCCCUCGUGGGCGGAACACAGGUCACUGAGAGGGGGGGAGGGGCGGGGUGCAAGUGAUGUGUGGUGUGGUGUGGUGUGGUGUGUUGGGCUGCAUUGUGCAGGUAGGUUUCUCGCCAGUGGACACGCCGAUUCCGUAUGAGAGCAGCCGGCUGACGAGAUGGCUCUCGUACAUGAACCUCCAUAGGAUAUAUUUCGGGUGAGUCAGCCGAUGGAUGGAUGUGUGGAUGGAUGGAUGGAUGUGUGUGUGUCAGUCUGAUGGUCCUGCCGUGGAACCUGUGUUGGGACUACUCGUACGACUCUGUCCCGAUGGUUACCUCGAUCACCGAUCCAAGAUGCAUACAAACCCUGCUCGUUUAUGCGCUGUAAGCCAUGGGCCACACAACCACCCUUUUGAUACUCUUCCACUCGUUGACGGCCAGGCUGUUUUCUGGAGGGGUUUACGGCCUGCUGGCCAUACGAUGGCCUCAGAGGCACGUUCCCCAGCUGGUGCGCUGCCUCAUCCACCCACUCCGCGGAUGCAGUGGGGGCAGCCAAGGCCAACAGCCACUACUGGACAACACCAUAAGUGCUGAAGAGAAGCCGACCGAGGACACAUCGAGUGCUUCUGCAGCAGACGAAGACGUCAGCAGUGAGCGGGAGGGAUCCACGGUGCCUGCCAGCCCGGCUGAGGAGGAAGCUGUCGAGGAGCACGCUGACGUGUCCAAAGGGACGACUGUCGACCAAGCCGCCGCUAGAGACGUGUUUGGUGGGGAGGAGAAUGGCGAGAAUGGUGAGAAUGGCAAGGAUGGGCGAGCGAGGCCGACCCCAGGUGCUCAGCUGCUGAUGGGGCUGUCUUUCAUUAUCGUUCCCUUCAUGCCGGCGUCCAACGUGUUCUUCACUGUCGGUACGCAGCCACCACCCACACACACAUCCACACACCGUGUGUGCGUCUGUCUGUUCGUGUGUGUGUGUGCGUGUGUGUGCGUGUGUGUGUGUGUUUAGGCACAGUGAUCGGCGAGAGGCUGCUGUAUCCUUCCACAGUGGGAUGGUCUCUUGUGCUGUCGGCCAUCGGUACCUACGCGAGCGUCGGAUGCGUCUGGAGUCGUCCCUCCCCUCUGUCUCUGUGUGUGUGUGUGUGUGUGUGUUGAUCAGGGGGACUCCUGUGGGGGCCUGGGGAGGCGCGUUCGGCGGGAUGUCGACGGGGUAGACGUGUCGCCGUAUUGGCGGCUUACAUGGCCUUUCUGCUGCUGCUUGGCGGUAAGGUACAUCAGCGACUUGAGAGCAAGGAAAUGCUGUCUGUCCAUCCCUGUGUGUGCGUGUGUGUGUGUGUGUGUGUCAGGGUGGUAUGUCUGGCGGUCUGCCGUGCGUGUCGAGCAGUGGUCGUCCCGAGCAAGCCUCUUCGUGGCGGACGCACGCGUCAACCCACGAUCAGCAAAGGUCACCCACACGCGUGUUGGGUGGAUGUCUCUUGAUCUCUCCCAUCUCUCUUUGUCUGUGUGUCUGGGUGUCUGUCUGUCUGUCUGGUGUGUGUGUGUGUGUGUGCAGGUGCUCCACAUGUACGCGGCCACUCUGCACAGCUCGGGCAGGUAUGACGAAGCCCUCCGCUGGUACAAUGAGAGCCUCGCCAUAUUCGACGACAACGCCCUCACUGACUACGCCGUCAUUCAAGUAGGUGAAGACAGGCAGGUGUGCCGUUCUGAUGGAUGGAUGGAUGGAUGGCGGCCGCAUCGCGCAGAUCUACUUGGUGCAGAAUCGGUUUCGUGACGCGUACGAGAGGUUCCAGAAGGUGCUGGGUGGGCACUUCAACGGCUUCGGAAACUUCAACCGAUGGCUGCUGCUCAUCGACUUUGGCUUCACACUCAUCGGUACGCCACACAGACAGACAGACAGACAGGGAUACGGCCACACCCGUCCGCCUCUCCCUCUCUCUCUCUGUGUCUCUCUCUUGUAGUGCUGGAGCGUUAUGCCGAGGGCAUUCCUGUGAUCAGCGAGGGCCUCUCCCUCAUGUCUGAAGCCGCAUACGCACAAAAUGCACUCGGUCGGCGACUGACGUGACGCUCUUAUCCAUCCAUCCGUCCAUCCAUCGAUCCAUGUGGGAUGUGCUGGUCGGUCAGCGUAUGCCCACUACAAGACGGGCAGCCUCGACAAGGCGCUGGACGCCAUCCUGCACGGUGGGGCAACAUAAGAACCCGGGAGAGGAGAAGGCGAUCACUCUGCCACUCUGUGUGCCGUGAAUGUGUGUGUGACAAACCUGCAGCCAUCCGUCUGGAGUCCGGCAACUGGGUGGUGUGGAAUAACGCGGCUGUCGUCGCAGCCACAGGCGGCAGAAUCGACUACGUACCUAGCCCCCACACCCACACACACGGACAGACGUCACACGUGUGUGUGUGUGUGCACAGGGAAUGAGUUGUCUGCAGCAGGCGGCCGAGCGGUGUGGUGGGACGAGUGCUGCUGAUAGCCGAGGGCAAGCCGUGCUGGCGCAUAAUGCCAGGCUCAUGCAGCAGCAGCAGCAGCAGCAAAGCCAGGUGCGCUGGAGUGGUAAGGAAGCACACGAUUUGACCCGAGCCUUGUUUGUGUGUGUGUGGUUGGCUCAUCAGGGCAUCGCUGGUGGUGUUGGUGGCGCUGGCUACCGCUUUGAGCUGUUUUACCCACAGACUCACUGACGGACGGCCGGGUUAAUGGAUCGACAAACUUGGACGAAACUCCCUCUUAAAAUUUG